AUGUCCAAGUUCUACGCCCUCAUCGCAGGCACAGGCGCCGGAACAGGCCGAGCCACCGCUCUUCGCUUCGCGCAGGCCUAUCCGGUCGUUCUCUUUGCGCGAAACCCCAGCUCCUACGAGGACAUUGUCAAGGAGAUUGAGCACAAGGGCGGCCAGGCCGUGGGCAUCACCACCGACGUCAGCGACGCCCAGUCCCUCCGCCAGGCCUUCCAGACCAUUGACCAGAAACUCCCUGGCAGCAAGCUGGCAGCAGCCCUCUACAACGUCAACGGGGGAUUCGCCAAGAAGCCCUUUCUCGAGCUGACUGCCCAGGACUUUGACGGCGCCUUUGACGGGACCGUCAAGGCCUUCUUCAACUUCGCCCAGGAGACACUCCCCCUCCUGCUCACGUCCGUCCCAGACGCGCCGCAGCCCCCGACGCUGCUCAUCACCGGCGCCACCGCCUCGCUCAAGGGCUCUGCGCAGUUCGGCGCCUUUGCCGCCGGCAAGUUCGCCCUCCGCGGUCUGGGACAGUCCCUCGCGCGCGAGUUUGCUCCGCAGGGCGUGCACGUCGCCCACGCCAUCAUUGACGGGCUCAUUGACAUUCCCCGUCUCGACCACAUCACGGUCAACAACGGGGUCGAAGACGGCAAGAUUCGUCCUGAAGCGAUUGCCGAGACGUACUGGCAGCUGCACGUGCAGCAUCGUUCGGCGUUCACGCAGGAACUGGAUAUUAGGCCUUAUGCGGAGAAGUUCUAG